AUGUCCUAUACCAACAUCAUUUUCAUAUCUAUUCCACACCAAUUCAUUAUAAUUAAAUUAUCUUUGUAUUAUGAUUGCCAAUUAAUAUUUUGCUUGCAUUCAUUUAUUCAAAAAAGAAUAUCUUUUUUCAUUCUAUUACAUUCCUUUAUUCUUUCACUUUUCUUUCUUUUGUCAUCUUUCUUUUUUGUUUUUCUUUCAUUUAGUGCAUUCUUUUUCAUUUAUUUUUCAUUCUUUAUAAUUUUUUCUUUUAUUUUUGUAUACUUUUACCUUCAUUUUUGUAUUCUUUUUUCAUUCAUUCUUAUUGUUUGUUCAGUGUAUUCUUUCUUCAUCCCUUACUAUUUUGGGUCUUUCUUUCAUGGCUCGAUUCCUUUUACUUUCCUUUUUUUUUUUCUGUUUUCCUCUCAUCUCUUUCUUUAUCUUCCCAAAAUCUUCCUUAUAUCUUUUCAUCCUCUCUUUUCCUUUUUAUUUCCUAUUUUACUUAUUUCUCUUUUUCUUCAUUUUCAUCCACUUCCUUCCUCUCUAUUUUUCUUUAUUUUCUCUGUUUCUCUUUUUAUUGCUCUUUGGUCAUAUUUUUAUUUUCUCAUAUUCUUCAUUUUUUCUUAUUAUCUGUCACUCUCUUUCUUCUCAUUCUUUCUUUUUUCUCUUUCUUACUUAAUUUUAUAUUAUUUUCUACAACUGCACUCUCUUUGA